GGGAGCAGCAGCAGCGCGAGGAGCUGGCGGUAGAUCGGCGAGACGGCCAUGGCGUGAGUGGGUGAUCACCCCGCAUUUUAUCCGGGCGUCGGUAUUUAAGCCAGAGCGCAUGCAGGGCGGCGGUCACGAUCAGUUCACACAUGGGAGUGCAGGCAGCGAGCCGCGGUCACACUGUCUUCGCAGAUCAGAUCACAGGGGUCCUUUUUCGGUCAUGGGGUUGAUAUCUGGGUCAGCUGCGAUGUGAUUCGUCCUCGCUCCCUGGUCGGGGCCUGUGAGUGUCUCCAGGUUAGCUCGUUGGGAAAUCAGCUUCUGGAAGGGAAGAGCAGAGCAAGAUCUAAUUCAGUCAGUCAGCGAAUUUCAUUCUGCAACGCAUUAACCUUGAGCAUCCAUGCGACUUUUCCGCGUCGCUCGGUUGACACACCUAGUCAACCAAGUCACAUCGCGUAUAGCGCGCUGUGCGAGUUUCUCCGAACCAGACACGAAGAUGCUGCAGGUACACAUCUGCCAAGUUCCGGACCGGCACCGAGCAGUUUGCGGUCAGAAAACUGAUACUUUCUACAAGGUCCGGCCCGGGAGAAUCUCGCCGAAACUACAACACCUGGUGAGUAUUGAUCUCGUUCAGAUCAGUCUGCAAAUUUUUUUGAGCAGGCGGCAAUCCCCGGACGUUAGCAGUCGUCUAUUGAUCAUCCCCUUUGCUUGUUUAGAUAUCUUUAGCGUGGAUCUGGGAAACCCGGUCUUCUCCGAGAUCCGAUAUUCCCCGGCUGAAGUGCCUGAUGUUCGCAUUCUACACUGGGCGGACACUCGAUUCCCUUUGGAGCUUCACAGGCUUUGGCAAGGAGUAAAAAUCGUUCCAUUCUGCCCCUUCUAUUCUCUAGAUCUUGAAGCUGUUUGUCAAUGUGGAAUAUAUCUAACAAUCCCAUACUGAGGGUCUGCAUAAGUGAUCAGGGGCCCGUGAAUAUUGCCCAGAAGCCUGCGCACUAGGGAUAAUUAGAGUACCGAGAGCACUGUUCUCGUAGACCUGAAUGGCAAGAAGAGCACCAGAUUCAAGCAAGGCAAUUUGCUAACGCAA